AUGAAGGAAUUAUUAAUUGCAGAUUACGAUUAUUUAAAAUUUUGGUCUAAACAAUGUUAUAGUGCAAAACUUAUUUCUGAUCAUUCCGAAAAAUUAUCUGGAAAACAAUGGCAAAAUCACUGUGCUUUCAAACUAAAAAAUGCUUUUAAGGCAUUCAAAAAGAAGCGUCAUGCUAGAAUUGCAUUAACAACAUUUCAUCUGGGACAUAUUGCUUUAUCUGCUUUUUCAAUUGGAACUUUUUCUCCAGUUGGAAUUGCUGCUUCAGUAGCUGCUGAGGCACUUGGUGAUAUUACAUUAACUGUUAUAUUUGAAGAAUUACUGCAAGGCUUGAUAGAACAGGGAUUGGAAAAAUUUGAAAUUACUGGUGAACUACUUGCAACCCUGACCAACGAAUUUUACCAUAACUAUGAAAUAGUUGUCAAAACUCUGGAUGAAGAUGAAUAUUACUCUUAUUCAGAUGUGAGAGAUAUUUUAACUUAUCCCGAUAGACUUUAG